AAUACGAAGUAGUAGAAAAGGCAGACUGUUGUGAAAAUUCAAUAAUAUAGGAGGAAAGAUUAAAAAUACUAUUUGUUUUAAGUGUUUAGAAAAAUUUAUAAAACCAAAAUAAACUUUAAGUGGUGAGCAUUUACAUGUCAAAAACAAUGUCCAAAGAAAAGGUCGAAAGUCUUGAAAACAAACACGCCGAACACUGGGCAGGUGUCAGUGGUAAAGGCGGGUUAGAUUUGUGUCCUGAAUCUAAUUGUAAGGCCAGCUCUGAAGCUUCUAAAAGCAGUAUAGAUCGUGGAGGGGGGCAAAUUGAAUCGACACAAAUUGCUGAGAGAGAAGUUAUGGGCGCUUGCUCAUCAAAUACAUUAAGCGAGAAUGAAGAGUACCCAUUACACAAAAGUGUUUUUCAAGGUGAUUUUAAAAGUUUGGCAAGACUUCUUCAACGGCCCCCAAAUAGCUGGCGAACGCAAGAAGAAAUCGGCUGUAAAGAUAAACAUGGAAACACACCCUUACAUCUAGCAGUAAUGUUGGGAAGGAAAGAGUGUAUCAAUUUGCUGUUAUCUCAUAAUGCUCCUGUAAAAAUAAAAAACAAUGAAGGAUGGUCGCCACUAGCUGAAGCAAUUAGCUACGGUGAUAGACAAACUAUCUCCGCUGUGCUGUGUAAACUUAAACAGCAAUCCCGUCAGCAUAUGGAAACUCGUCGCGCUAAAUUAGUUCGUGCUCUUGAACAAAUGAAAGACUUUUACAUGGAACUCAAAUGGGAUUUUGCUUCAUGGGUUCCACUUGUAUCCCGUAUGUUGCCGUCCGAUAUCUGUCGAAUCCACAAGUCGGGAGCCACCUUACGCCUUGACACAACAUUAGUAGAUUUCAAUGAUAUGCGUUGGGAGAGGGGGGACAUUUCUUUUAUUUUUCGUGGUGAUCGACCACCUCAUGAAUCAUUAACAGUUUUAGAUAACGAAUAUGAAUGUUAUCAGCACGUUCGAUAUGAAGAUACAGAUAUCGAAGACGAAGUAGAUGUACUAAUGUCUACGGAUAUUUUAGCUGCUCAAAUGUCAACGAAAAGCAUACAGUUUGCUCGAGCGCAAAGCGGUUGGAUUUUCCGCGAGGAUCGAAAAGAAUUAGUCAGCGGACAAUACCAAUGCGAUUUAUAUUCGAUACAGGGUCUUAUUUUAAAACAACGUAAAAGGCGAGAGCAUCUAUCACACGAGGAUCUCCAAAAAAAUAAAGCUAUUGUUGAUACAAUAACACGUGGUGGUCGUCGUGCUAGCUUAACAAGUGCAAAUGGGGAGGGUGGAUUAAAUAGGGAUUCAAUAAAUGGCUCUGCAUCAGAAAUGCCUCGAAGAAGUUCAUUGCAACCUCCGCCCCCGCCAACCAUUACAUGGGAAGAGUAUAUUAACACACCAAUUGGUAAAUGUCCCCAUUUGGGACGACCACCAAUACAUAAGCAAUCAAACAAGUCUAUACGGGCCACAGUAGCUAUGAGUAAAGAUUUUCCCCUUAGCGUCGAAAUGCUAUUAAAUGUAUUGGAAGUAAUUGCUCCUUUCAAACAUAUUAAUAAAUUGCGCGAGUUUAUAACGCUCAAAUUACCAAGUGGGUUCCCCGUCAAAGUAGAGAUACCAGUUUUACAUACAGUGACAGCGAAAAUAACUUUCCAAAAGUUUGAAUUUCGUGACAACAUACCGGCAACACUAUUCGAUGUACCGUCGCAUUAUGUGGAAGAUGCCCGUCGUUUCCCAGAUUUAUGACCGGCAACAGGUCAGCAGCAUCCAACGACGGAAAGCGUCGAUUUAAACCGUAAUGCUACCAGCGACAUCAGAACUAAGACGCAUGCCACUUUUAAUGAAAUAGACUAGUGUACAUAGGAGACAAAUAAAAAGCUGUAAUCAUCGCAUUAAUAACAUCACUAAAAUAUUAUGAUGUUUAUUCGUCUCCUAUUAUUCCAAUAUAAUGGCUCUAAAAAUGUAUUAAAUACAAUUACCAUUCAAUGCAUUUACAUUAUUUGAUUAUAGUGUAUAUUACAUACUUCAGCGAAAAGAAGUAUAGUCUGCACGAUGUAUUCAAAAAUGUACAUACUUAUGCAUUAUAUGUAUUUGAAUGUAUGAAUGAAUGUAUGUAUGUAAUGAUACAUGUUAUUUCAAAACUUAAUUUAAACAUUUUUAUCUUAUAUUUUGACUAUCAACCUAAACUUACUGAAUAAUUAUGUAUGUCAUAGGCUCAAACAAUAUAUGUACAUAACUGACAUUGUAAUUAUUGCGUGAAUUUCAUUUUGUCGAAUUUAAAUGUGAUUUGAAGUCAGAAUAUUUUCACGCGAAUAACUCGCCACUAAUUUUUAUUACAAAUAUUUCAAAGUAAGAUGACAUGUGCAUAUGUAUAUGGUUGUAUAAUGUUGGUAUAUUACUAGCCAUUUUCAACGUGUUAAACAAUUGUAAUCCCAUUGUGCAAAUCCUUUUUUAUAGUAUGUAAGUUGUAGUAAAUGCUUGUGUAUAACAGUCUGUUGAAAUAUUAAUGAAAAUUUUCUAAGAGUUUGUCGACUAUUGAUUUCAUUAUUGUGUUUAAACAAAUCUAAUUAUGUACAUAUAUGCUUUUUUUUUUAGUUUAAAACUAGUCUAAAACUUAUAUCAGACUUUAAUGAUAAAAUAUACAAUACCUGCUUUCAGUUAGUUCCUUGGAGACAUAUAUACUUACAUAUAUUCAUACGUAUGAAUAUAUGCGUGUAAACUAUUUGGAAAAUAUCAAUACACUGCUUGAUCGUUGACAUACCUUCCCACCUACUAAAUAAGUAUUCAUAUAUGAUAUAAUUUGUAUUCAUUAUUUAUUGCAUCAAAGUAGAAUUACCAAGAUAUAUUAAGAAGAUGUUUCUAUUGUGUAAAUGUUCACGUUUUCUUUGUAUCAGUUCAUUUCAACAAAGAAUUUUCUGUUAGAGAAUUUUUAGAAAUUUAUGUUAACAGUAACUAUCUACGUUUACGAAAUAAGUAAUAAUCCGGAUACAAAAUACAUGAAAAAUUUAAAGAAUUUUUAAAUGCUAUAUUUUGAAAAACAAAAACUAGUAAAUAUAUUUUUACACAUAGUAUGUGCAACUUGCAUAA